AUGAGUUUGAUUUUUUUUCAAUGUGUAUUCAUUAUAUUACUUGUAAUUUAUUAUUACUGUGCACAGAAGCGACCCCGAAAUUUUCCACCAGGUCCUUCGUGGCUGCCGAUUUUCGGAAACAGCAUCCAGUUGAGAAGAGCUGCUCGGAAACUGAAUGGAGCUCAUAAUGUUUACCAAAAGUGGUCUGAAGAAUACAACAACUCGGAAGUUGUGGGCUUCCGCUUGGGAGGAAAAUACUUUAUUACUGCACUCUCGGAAAAGGCAGUAAAGGAUGUGUAUGCGAGACGCGUGUUUGAGGGACGCCCAAGAAACUUCUUUGUCACACUGAGAUCGUUCAAUACCUAUGCAGGAAUCACAAUGGCAGACGGUGAUCUUUGGCGCGAACAUCGUUCUUUCACAUUGAAGCGACUCAAGAGUGUUGGAUUUGGCGAUGGUCCCAUGCAACAGAAGAUCGAGAUGGAGUUGCAGAGUUGCAAGAAGCUCAUAAACAAAAAGAUGAAGGAAGAAGGUUCAAUGUGGCCAGGGGAAUUUCUUGCUCUGUUUGUCAUGAAUGUCCUGUGGACCUUUGCAGCAGGAAGUGAAUAUCCUUACGAAAAAUCAAAACACAUAUUCCAGCUUCUAAAUGUGCGAAUGAAAGCAUUUGAUUUUUCAGGAGGGAUAUUGUCAGACGUUCCCUGGCUUCGAUUCAUAGCUCCGGAAUUCUCAGGAUACAAUUUGAUGCUUCGCUUUAAUGAGGAAAUUCGAUCCUUCCUUCAGAACAUCAUUGAUGAUCAUCACAGAAAUUUUAGUGAAGACAAAGCUAAUGAGGAUUUUAUUUACGCCUUCAUUUCUGAAAUACAGAAAGGGAGGCCGAAUUACACAGAUGCAUACCUUAUGAUCAUUAUGGUGGAUCUCUUCUUAGGCGGAGCACACACUACUAGUAUCACUCUCGAUCUUGCGCUGAUGACUUUGGCUCUCUACGAGGACAUUCAAGAGCAAGUGUAUGAAGAAGUGAAACGUGCGAAAGAAGAUUUCAUGAAGAUCGCUGAGCACAGAAGUUUUCCAUACACUGAGGCUUAUCUCUUGGAGAUUGCGAGAUUUUACAACGUUGUGCCCCUCAGUGGUCCCAGGCGUACUCUUGACGACACAGAAUUGUGUGGCUACAACAUUCCGAAAAACACCACGGUUCUCAUAGGAAAUCAAUCAGUGCAUAUGAAUAAGGAACUUUGGGGUGAUCCAGAAAUAUUCAGACCUUCGCGAUUUCUUGAUGAAUCCGGUACAAAACUUUGCAACAGCGAAAAAGUUCUUCAAUUCGGAGAAGGUAGAAGACUCUGUUUGGGAAUAUCGCUAGCUAAAGCCUUCCUCUUCACCUUUCUCACGGGCAUUGUUCGGGAUUAUAAAUUGUCUGUGGCCAAGAAAGGAAGAGUUCCUGACCAAACUUUAAGUCCAGGAAUUCUUAAAACUGCCAAACCGGCGUAUAUUAGUUCAUCGCCUUAUGAAUAUUUCCCAGGAGCAUUUGUCGCACACCUCUGUCGAGGGUGGAAGUUCACCAGUGACAAAAUAGUGGGUGGCUGUCGAUUUUUGCCCGCCGGUGGUUGUGCUGCAGGCGGAAAAUCUGAUAAGACGAAAAUCGAACCAUCCCUAGAUGAGUUUUCCCUCCUCAACUUUUCGGCAAGUUUUGCACGACGACCCGCCGUGAAGAUGAAGAUUGUCUGCGCGGGUGGGUGA